AUGCUGGGUACCUAUUUGGAAGCCAGCCGGGACCUUUGCGAGACGGACUCAAUUCUUUUUGGCGCCGCACUGGCAGUCUGCCGUAUUAUAGACGCCAAACUUUCCACAGCUGGAAGCGCUACUGGACAAAGUAGUGCUAUCCCAGCCUGGAGAAUAAGAAUUGAAGAACGUAUCACAAAGGCUAGGGCCCUCAUCGGCAGACUGAUAUGCUUCAGGUCAGGCAAUACCAGGCCAAGGAUUGUGCGCACCGUCAGGAUGGCGUUUGCUGGGACAAAUGUUGUGUAUGUCCCAGCCGGAUAUAAUGCAAAAACUGACGGAGCGCAUAACCUGAAGCAAAGAAUCGCUGCUUGGGGAAAGCGGAUUCGGCGAUAUACCGAGAGGUCGACACGGUUCAACCAGAAUAGUCUCUUCCAGAGUAAUCAGAAGAGGCUCUAUAAAUCAUUGGAGCGACCAAUAGUAAGUGGAACGGGCCCAGCACCAAAUCAGGCCGACACGGUCGCAUUCUGGCGCAGCCCGUGGUCAGAGCCCAUAAACCACAACGAGGGCCCUUGGACGGAAGUUGUGGCGAGUCAGUAUGUGGGUAUUACGCCCAUGGAUCCCGUCAUUAUAACGCCGGAUGACGUAGCUGAGGCGUUCCGUAGGGCCCCGAACUGGAAAAGUCCGAGGCUUGACGGGCUGCAUCGCUACUGGCUGAAGGGGUUCAUGGUGUGUCACGCUGUGCUCGCCCGACAGUUUCAAGAGGCUCUCAACCAGAAGUCGCUCCCAAGCCUCUUCACUACUGGGAUCACUCAUUUGGUUCCUAAAGAUCAGGGUGCCACAGACCCGAGCAAAUACCGCCCCAUCACGUGUCUACCGACUACAUACAAGACACUAACAUCCAUUUUGAGCGCGAGAAUCGCUCGUCACCUGGACUCAAAUCAGGUGAUGUCGCGCGCUCUAAAUAAAUGGUUGAUUGUUGCGUCUAAAUGA